AUGAUAUAAUAAGCCAAAUCUUAACAUAAAUAUAAAUAAAAUAAGAUCUAUAAAUACCUUGACGAGUAUUUUCAGUUUUGUGAAAAUGAUAAAUACAAUUACUCAAAGAUAAGGGAAUUCGACUUAUCCUACUUAUAGACAUAUUAUAGGUUAAAAUUUAAGCAAAUCAAAAAUUUCAACACUUGCACGAUAUUUAACUUUUAUUAGAAUAUAUUCAAAAAGAAGAGCAUGAAUGAGUUCAUGUUUAUGAUAAUAUUUUAUUGUUAUAUUUAUCUUGGUCUAUUUAUGUUUACUUCUUCAAUCUUUAAAUAAAUUCUUACUUUAAAACACACAAACCUAAAAAAAAGUGACUUGUAAGAAAUCUUACUUUUACAAGUUAGAUUUACACAUUUUAAAAGCAGCGAAUAUAAAAUACUAUAAAAUUGCUUGAUUAAUGAAGUAUUUUCAUAUAAUAUUUUAUAUUGA